AAAGUUUCCGUGAUUGGAUUAUUGGAAAAAGGAAUUACAAAAAUAGUUACUAGAUUUUCUUCAUGUUAUGAUUGGAAGCUUUUCUUUUGCUUGUUUUAUAUGUUUCUCUCCAAAGCAAACCAUCAGUUUUGCUCUACGAUCAACGAUGGUGUCCUUUCCGACUUCGUCUUCAUCAUCUCCAAAGCUCUUGUUUCGUCAGCUGUUUGAGAAAGAAUCCUCUACUUACACUUACCUCCUUGCUGAUUUCUCUCACCCUGAUAAACCAGCCCUUUUGAUUGACCCUGUAGACAAGACUGUUGAUAGAGAUUUACGUUUGGUUAAAGAAUUGGGGCUGAAGCUUAUAUAUGCCAUGAACACUCAUGUACAUGCUGAUCAUAUCACUGGAACUGGCCUCAUAAAGGGCAAGGCACCUGGCGUUAAAUCUGUUAUUUCAAAAGCAAGUGGUUCCAAGGCUGAUGUUUUUGUUGAACCUGGUGAUAAAAUCUUUUUUGGAAAUCUCUUUCUUGAGGUUCGUGCUACUCCUGGUCAUACAUUGGGCUGUGUUACCUAUGUCACGGGUGAAGGACUUGAUCAGCCUCAGCCAAGGAUGGCUUUCACUGGAGAUGCCCUACUGAUAAGAGGCUGUGGGAGGACAGAUUUUCAGGGUGGAAGUUCGGAGCAACUCUACAAGUCAGUGCAUUCACAGAUUUUUACAUUGCCCAAGGACACAUUGCUAUAUCCAGCUCAUGAUUACAAAGGAUUCGCGGUAACUACGGUGGCAGAGGAGAUGCUAUACAAUCCUCGCUUAACAAAGGAUGAGGAGACAUUCAAAAGCAUCAUGGAAAACCUUAACUUACCAAAGCCUAAAAUGAUUGAUGUAGCAGUGCCAGCAAAUCGCGUUUGUGGAUUGCAAGAUUUGGAGUGUAAAGCCAGCUGAGGCUUUACUGUGCUAUCCACAUAUGCAGAGAUAUGAUUCGUAGCAUAAUUCCGGGUCUUGACAUCAUUGAAUGUGCGAAAAAUGGCUAGGGAUACUACUUCAAUGUAAAAUAUCAAUAAAUAAACCAUCAAAUAAAUGAAGGAAUAAAAAAAAAAAACUGUACUACUCCAUAGGGGGAUCCAUGCAUUGAAGUAAGUUGUCCAUAGAUACAUUCAAAGA